AUGAAUCCAGUGUAUAAUCCGCCAAAUAUUAUCACUGAAGCUUGUGAACAGUAUUCAGUACCCCAAAAGACGUAUACUGAAUUGUUACCAUUGUUACCAUCAUCAGGUUUCAAUGUAUAUACGAGUGAGAGUACAUCUUUUCCUCAUUCCACCUCAAGUCCACAUGUGUACGAGUCUCGUAAUGGAAGAAUUUCUUACGAAAAGUCUUUUGGAACUGCUUCGUUCUGUGAAUCUGUAGCUCCGCGAAAUGUAGCACAUCAAAACCAGGAGGAGUCUACUCGAUUAAUAUCUACUUACAUUAACUCAGAAAAAAACAAAUCUGGUCAGAGCGAUGAAAAUAAAUCACGAGAUCAAGAAAUAAGGCGCCUGCACGAAAAGUUAGACAAUGUUGUCUCAAAGCAAGACUUCAGAACUUUGAAUAAUAAGUUGGACAAGUUGUUACGCAAACGAGUAAACAGCAUGCCCCCCAAACCACCUUUAUUUCCGUUAAAAUCAGUUCAACAAGUUAUAGAUUUUAACAAUAUCUCGCAAGAAGUAUACGAAAAUGCGAUCGAGUAUCUACAUUUUGUAGGCGGUUUCACCCUACAUGAUGCGGUAAAGUAUUGCAUGAAGGAAGCGAUGACUGAUGACACAAUUCGACAUUAUUCGGCUUGGGGAGAGCGCGGAAAUCUCCCAUUGUUUGAUACCAAAUUAAUUAAAGUAAUAUAUGGUAAGUUACUUUGGCUUGUUAAAUAUAUUACAUGUAUAUUAUUAAAUUGUUAUACAAAUAAAUUGCGAUUUAAUUGCCUGUAAUUGCUGUAAUUAAUCUUUUGAAGCAUACAUUUUAGUUUUAAAUAAAGUUAUUAAAUAUAAUUAU